AUGAAGACAGAGGAGCCAUCUAACAAAAGAAGGAAGAUAUACAAAGCUGACUUCAAGCCUGGUUUUAUCAGGUCAGUGAAAGUCACCAACUUCACAACUUACUCAUCGGCUGAGUUUAAUCUUUCCCCAACUUUGAAUAUGAUUAUUGGUCCUAAUGGGAGUGGUAAAUCCACAUUAGUUGCAUCUAUUUGUAUUGGUUUGGGUGGUAAAGUUGAUUUGAUUAAGCGUAAGAAUAUGAAAUCCAUGAUCAAGACUGGUACAGAUAGAGCUACUGUUGAAAUCACGUUAGAAAAUUUUGACAAUAAACCUCCAAUUACUAUACGACGGGAAUUUACUGCCAGAGAGUCUAGUUGGCUGAUUAAUGGCAGAAGAUCAACUGAAACUGCAGUCAAAGAACUUCGUAAAAAGUUUAAUAUUCAAUUAGAUAAUCUUUGUCAUUUUUUACCUCAAGAAAGAGUUGCUGAAUUUGCUGGUUUAUCUCCUGAGAAAUUAUUAAUCGAAACUGAAAGAACAUUAGGUGAUGGUCAUUUGUUAGAGAUGCACGAAGAAUUGAAAGAUAGAGAUGCUACAAGUCAGGAAUUAGAUAGAAAGAUUAAAGAUCUUUCGUCAAGACUUGAGCAAUUACACAAACAAAGAGCUGAACUUGAAGUGGAAGCUAAGAAAUACGAGGAAUAUGAAAGUAAAUCCAAAGAAAUCGGAAAUUAUAAAUUAUUAAUUCCUUAUGCACAACUUGCUGACCACGAACACGAAUUGAAGGAUAUCAAACAAAAAUCUAGAGACGCUAAAAUUGCUAUUAAGGAGUUUUCCAGCAGAAGGGACGGCUUGGAUUCAGAAGUUGAAAAAGCAGACAGUGAGCUUACAAGAGUCAAUUCUAAAUUAGCUAAGGAAGAUGCCGCUUUUACCAAAUAUAAAAAGAAGAUAGAAGAAUGUAAGAAGAAUAAGGAAAAGAUAUUGGAAGCCAUUAAAGAGGCUCACAUUGAAAUAUCCACUUUACUGACCAGAGCCGAGAAAAAGAAAGAAGAAUUAUUAAAAAUAAGAGCCGAUCUUGAGAAAUACGAGGCUCGUAAAGAAAGCUAUGGCGAGGUCGACGAGGAUAUUAUUACCGAUUUAAGUAAGCGUGCCAAGGAAAAACGUCAAGAACAAAAUGAAUUAGAAAAUCAAAUUAGAGAAGCCAGUGGUCCUAGAAAGACUAUUGAAUAUGAUAUAAAUAUGUUGAGAAAAAAAUUUGCAGCCGAAUCACAAAAAUUAGAAACUAAAGAUAAAUUAGAGAUCUUUGCUUCCCUGGGAUACAGAAACAAAAUCAGAGAUGAAAUGUUUGAUAUUGUAAAAAGAUUACGUAAACAACCAGAUUUGAAUGGUCGUUUCUUCGAAGCUCCCAUACUUUCUUGUGAAGUCACCGAUCCACGACUUGCUCCUGCAGUUGAAAAAGCCAUUGAUAACAUGACUUUAUUUUCCAUUACUUGUGUGUCACAAAGUGAUUUAGAAAAAUUGAAGACCUUCACUAAGAAUCACGGGAAGAAUGUCCCAUUAAGACGUACUGAUACGACACAUAGACCAGCAAGUUUAUUACCGGUCAGUCGUAUUAAAGAAUUAGGAUUUGAUGGAUAUCUUGCUGAUUUUAUCCAAGGACCAACAGCAGUAUUGGGGAUGCUUUAUGAUGUUUCCAAAUUGCAUAAUGUACCAGUUAGUAGGGCCCCAUUAACAACCGAGCAGAUAAAUAGAUUGACCCAAGCAGGAAAUGCUUUUCCCUUUGCUAAAUUUAUUUCUGGAGAAACGUUGUACAAUAUUCAAAGGUCAAGAUAUGGAUCCAGAAAAUCCUUUUAUAUCACCGAAGUCAUUGGUAGGGCCAAUUACUUCAGUACUCAAGGGAUGUCAGAAGAAGCAAAAGCCGCAAUUAAACGAGAACUCAAAUCAACAGAAGAUAAGAUCAAAGACAAAAAGGCCGAGCUUGAAAAGAUUUUGGAAGCUCAUAGUGAGUUAAUGGCGAAAUUAUCGGAUUUAAAAGCCGAGUACAAUGAUAUUAAACAUGAAGGAGAAAAAUUGAUGCAACGGAAACAACAUAUUGCUAAAGUUUCAGGUGCUAUUGAAGGUCUUCAAAAAGAAGAGAAACGUCUCGAAAGACAAGCUACUAGAGAUUACAGUGACAAAAUCAAAAAGUAUGAAGGUCGUAUUGCCGAAUACUAUAGUGAACUUGGUCGUGUCACUGUUGAACUUACUACAGUAAUCCAUGAACAAGCCAAACAAGGUCUGAUUGUUAAACUUAUCACCUUUGAACAAUUGCAUUUCAGAAAUAGAAAAGAGAUUGCUCAGCGUUUGGUUAGCGAAGCCCAAUCUAGGAUGCAAGAAUUAAGGACCCAAUAUGAAAGAUAUAAAGCCGAAUAUGACAGAUUGAAGAACAGUGAAACCGUAGCUAAAAUCAGAGAACAGAGUGAAUCAUACACUGAUGAAAUGCGUGAAAUCUUAACUGAAAUUGCUCGUGAAUAUAUCAAUAAUGGUAAUUUCACCGAAGAAAAUAUUCGUGAAAAGAUUAAGCAUUUGGAAGAUGAAAUAUCCAUUAUGACCACUGCUGAUCAUAGUUCUAUUGAUACUUUGAAACAAAAAUUAAGAGAUAUUGAAGCUGCCGAAUAUGACCUUCCAAGGCUCGAAAAUGAAAAAGAAAGAAUCGAUAACGUGAUUGAAACAAUACAAAGUAAAUGGGAACCUGAGUUAACCAACUUAGUCAAUAGAAUAUCCUUAGCCUUCAACAAGAGGUUCUCGAAAGUUGCGAGUGAUGGGCAAGUCCAGCUAGCCAAACUGGACCGAUUCAAAGAUUGGAAAUUAGAAAUCUUGGUUAAAUUCAGACAAGAAUCAGAAUUGAAAGUCUUGGACAAUCAAUCUCAAUCAGGUGGUGAAAGAGCUGUGUCUACAAUCUUUUUCGUCAUGUCCCUUCAAGGUUUAACUGAUGCUCCAUUUAGAAUUGUCGAUGAGAUUAAUCAAGGUAUGGACCCCAAGAAUGAAAAAAUGGCUCACAGAUAUCUUGUGCAUACCGCUUGUCAAAAUUCUCAAUCCCAAUAUUUCUUGGUUACUCCCAAGUUAUUGACUGGGUUAUAUUAUCAUCCUGAUAUGGUUGUGCAUUGUAUUUUUACUGGACCAUUGAUUGAAGGGAAUGAAAAGAAGCAUGAUGAUGAUUUUGGAUUUUUAGAUUUUGUUGAUAGAGCAGCUGCUGGACUUGCAGUCUAG